AUGGAUCGUCUGCCGCACUUGCACCGCCCAACAAAGGAAGAGCUUUUGGCUGCGGCCACGAGUUUCUGGCAAAGACUCGGUAUCCGCUUCAAGUGGUUUUCCAUCAGAAGCGCCCGUCCCUUCAACACCGACGAUAUCAGUGCCUUUGUCUCGUGGAUCCUGUUCGGCCAUAUACUGUGGAUCAUACUCGGUACGACCACUUUCGUCUCGCUCGCCAUCUUCUUCAUGAACACAGUCUUCGCCCAGGAGUCGUUGGCCGGCUGGGUCGGCAACUACUUGACUCAAUCAUCUGGUGUCAAGGUUGUCUUCGAAUCUGCCAUUGUCCCCCGAUGGAACGAUGGUGUCAUCUCUUUCAAGAAUGUCUUCGUGUCAAGACGCCCAGGCCAGGGUAGUUCAAACGUAACCAAGGGCUCGUCUGCAAGUGCUGCCGCAGCCGCUGCAGCCGCCGCAUCUACCGGCAAGCCCGUUGGCAAAGAACAGCAAGACGAGGACACUAACUACACUCAGUAUGAGGUCUCGAUAGAUACCGUCAACGUCACUCUAUCGUUCACCAAGUGGUUCAACGGCAAGGGAUUGCUCAGGGACGUUGAAAUCAAAGGCGUACGGGGAGUAGUCGAUCGUACUUCAAUAUUGCCUGGUGAUCCCACCAUCGACCCGAAGUCUUACAGACACGAACACACCACUGGAGACUUUGAGAUCGAUUCAUUCAAGGUGUCAGAUGUUCUUCUUACUGUCUAUCAGCCAAAUGACUUCCGCCCCUUCUCCGUGUCGCUAUUUUCUUGCGACCUUCCACGCUUCCGCAAGCAGUGGCUCUUCUACGACCUGAUGUCUGCCAACAUGAUUUCCGGAUCCUUCGACGACUCCCUUUUCACCAUCCACCCUCGUCAAACGCAUAGCCACACUGGGCUGAGCAUCAGCGAGGAAGAUGGUGAUCACUCUGCUUGGAAGAAACACAGUCGGUUACGUAUAGAUGGUUUGAACAUCGACCAUUUGAAUCGGGGUGUUGAAGGCCCCUUUUCCUGGAUUCAUGAAGGAAAUGUUGACAUUGUUGCCGACAUCAUGUUCCCAGCAGACCAAGAUGGCUCAAUAGCGAAGGUCAUGUCCGAUUUCUACGACCGCAUGGAAGCGACUGUCGCGCACAACUACCUCCACACCACACAUCAGCAUGACACUAGCGACCAUCAUGACGAGAACCAAGCAUUCACAGAGCAAGCAUCCGAAGAGAAUGAAGAAGACAAGCGCUUUAUAGUCAUGGAUCUUCGCGUUCACUUGAACGAUGUUCGAGCAGCUGUUCCUAUCUUCACCAGGGAUCUAUCAUAUGUCAACAACGCCCUGAUCCGUCCAAUUGUGGCAUACAUCAACUCCAAACGAACUUUCAUCCCCAUCAAUUGUCGCGUGGUCAAGCGAGUCAGCGAAUUCGAUGGAAGCUGGACUGUAUUCGACAGCGGCUUGCUGGGCGAUUUAUCGAAAGAGACAUACGAAGCCUUUGCCCGAGAUAUUGUCGACGACGGAGCCCGCACUCGACGAUUGAAGAAAGUUGGUCUCUGGACCAUCCAGUUGGCGGCACAGGCUCUGUUCAUCGGACUCGCCGGUCAACUUGUGUAA